AUGCAUACCGCCAAGCCUCCUCUUUCUAGACCCACAACUAUUUUCGUACAUAGCAUCUUCCGGGGCAACCUAGAAGAGCAAAACACACGAGGGCUCUUUCUAAUCCCUGGCAUUGAUAUCAACGCAAUUGCAAAAGGCGACAAUCUUGCUACUUUCUUUUCUGAAGGGGUUCUUGCCCACUUCGAAUGA